AUGAAAGCUGGGGAACUGUACACUGAAGACCUUCCAAAUCCAUCCUCUCUUGCUAGUGAACUACACAACUGGCAUACUAAAUGGAGUCAAGAAAAGGAAACACACGGCUCAAGCACUUUGCCUACAACUCUUUACUCAACAUUACCUCAGAUAUCUAGCUUUUAUCCUAACAUCAAGGUACUAAUUACCAUUCUCUGCACUCUACCAGUGACUUCCUGUACUGCUGAAAGGUCCUUUAGUGGGCUCAAACGAAUAAAGUCAAGCCUAAGAUCAACCAUGACCAACGAACGUCUUUCAAGUCUUGCUUUACUGCACAAUCAUCGGGAUAUACCGGUAAAUAUCGAAGAAAUCAUUGACGAAUUUGACAGACAGUAUCCAAGACGUCUCCAACUAUCACAGUAA